UAAUUGUCAUGAAAUUAUCAUGUUAAACCUACAUGAAACCACCAACACAUAUAUAGAUAGAAUUGUCAAAUAAAGUUGUUUCUGAUACAAGCAUUUGUAACAAACCCUGUUUUUGACCAAUUCUUACAACACUGGCACUUUGCAUGAACCUCUGCCAACCCAAAUUCACAGAGAGAGAGAGAGAGAGAGAGAGAGAGAGAGAGAGAUCUGCCAUGCAUUGCAUAUGGUGCUUACAGUUCCACCUACUUCAAAUUUCAAAACACAUACAUAUUAUAUUCCUCAGCAGUAGUAACUUGCAGUCUAGCUCUAUCUCUGUCAAGGACUCGUUUCAUAUGUGUGUGUGUGAGAGAGAGAGAGAGAGAGAGAGAGAGAGAGAGAGAGAGAGAGAGAGAGAGAAGAGUAUCAUGGAUUUUAACAUAAUGGAAAGCAGCACUGAAUACAAGGAGGAGCUGACCCGAAAUCGUCUUGUAAGAACACUUAUUGAAAGGAAAGAUCCUUCCUCCAAGGAAGUGGAUGACCCGACUAUCAGAAGGUUCCUGCAUGCGCGCGAUUUCGACAUAAGCCAGGCAUCUGCCAUGCUCCUCAAGUACUUGAAAUGGAGACGAACUUUUGUUCCCAACGGUUUCAUUUCUGCUUCAGAGGUGCCAAACCAAAUUGCACAGAACAAGAUGUUUUUACAGGGAUCAGACAAGAAGGGACGUCCAAUAGCGGUUGUCUUUGGCAAUAGACACUUUCAAGACGGCCUUAAGGAAUUCAAGCGUUAUGUAGUUUAUGGCCUCGACAAGACAUGUGAAAGGAUCCCACCAGGACAGGAGAAGUUUAUUGCCAUAGGAGACCUUGAAGGAUGGGGAUAUUCUAACAGUGACAUCCGAGGGUACCUUGGAGCUCUAUCGAUUUUGCAGGAUUACUAUCCAGAACGACUAGGGAAGCUGUUUAUCGUCCAUGCGCCGCUGGUAUUUAUGACAGUUUGGAAAAUCGUUUACCCUUUCAUUGACAACAAAACUAAGAAGAAGAUAGUAUUUGUGGAGAACAAAAUGCUGAAAUCAACCCUGCUGGAAGAGAUCGACGAAAGCCAACUUCCGGAGAUAUACGGAGGCCAACUGCCGUUGGUUCCCAUCUAGGAAAUGAACAAAAGCUCAUAUUUGUGCAGUACAACUUGUAGGCUGUACCUGAAUUGAAGUUAUUAAUUAUGCAGUCAUUAACCAUCUUGUACCAUAUGUGUUUCUAAGACCAUGAACUCAUUAUCAUGAAAAACAAGCUGAGAGACUAACAAGCAAA